UUUCUAUUUUAUUUAUUAUUUACACGCAAAUAAGUACUUAGUUAAUACUUCAAAAACAGUCUCAACUGCAGUUGCACGCGAGCAUGCGUAGGACUGUUGGAACAUGGUUUAAUAGGGCAUAUCAUCGUGCUACAGAAACAAUUAAAAAGUAGUAGUGUCGUGCCUAUGAUUGUUCCUGGACUUAUAUGGUAAACAUGACCACCGAAGAUCUGAUUGUUACUAUUUCGGGGCCUGCGUUUUCCAUGUUACUGUAUGAAAACACUAAGAUUCACGACCAGAUUGGCUUUCUCCUCGGCGAAGUUGUUGUUUAUGUUUCAAAACAAGUCACAGACUCUGACAGAGAUGUGGAAACAACAAGGCAACACAUAAAUAUAAAAAAUGUGCUGUCCCAUCCAAUAGGGACACCAUUUUUCGACACUAUUGGUCGUGUAAAUCAAGAAAAAUUGAGAUUUUUCUUGAAGGACAAUGUAGACAAGGUUGUUGGGUGGUAUCGUUACCAAGAGAAUUUCCGUAUAGUUUCAUCAACAAGGGAUAAAGCCUUACAUUAUUAUUUAUCGAAAUUUUUUACCAAUAAUGAAACGAGUAAAUUAGUGUCGGAAGAAAAUUUCAUAUUCUGCAACUUGACUACUUCUUUGUCUACUAAUAAUGGCACACAUAAAUUCAAGCAACUUUUCCAGCGGAUAAAAGAUGAUAAAUUAGUACCAGUGUCACUUAGAAUAAAUAACUUGGGAGCUGAUGCAUCCAGACCUGAUGGUUCAGAUUAUAAACCAGUUCUUCACCUAUCUUCAUGUAAAUCUGAUGCUUUUCAACAAGUGUAUGAUUCAAUAAGUUCUGAUUUGAAAAGGACAUCUGGAGUUGAGUCAGUCACGUUGAUUCAAAAAGCUGCUGAAAAAAUAUUACAACAGCUAAUCCCAGAAGUUACUAAAACCGAUCGAAUGGUAUCACUGCUUGAAGAUAAACUGUUUCAUCUUCGUAAUGACUAUUACCGCAAAAUAAAUGAAAAAGCGCAGUUGACAGCUCAAAUGAGAAAGAUGGAAGUCGAUGACACCAAAACAGAAGUUGAAACUCCGGCAUCACCGGAACAUGACUCCCCAACGUCACCUGUUAUUUUUGAUUCUCCCAAAAGCCGAACGACUACAAAAACUUUCAUGAGCAAAUCAUCAAAGCUUGAGAAAGGCGAUAAUGCAAUGGAACAAACAACGACGCAUAAGGAAGAGGUAGUAACCUGCAGUAAUAAAAAUGCACUGGUAAUGAUGAGACCUACUAAAUCACCACCGUUGCCGGCUACGAGAGGGAAUCACCGUACCGAUCCUAGUGCGUUAAAGAUCUCUAGCAUGGGUCGAGGAGCCAGCCUGUGUUUACGUCUCUCGCAAGAUAGCGAAUCUGGUCGUUCUUGAUUUUUCUUUGCAUCGUA